CCCAGGUGUACAAACAUGGCUGCUCGUGAGUUGUACGUCAUAGUUUGCAGCAGCCCUUUAACGAGCACUUCCGGCCACUAGAUUAUACGUCAUCACAGACCCUGGGCGCAGAAAUUGGAAAUGCCAAAAGAAAAUAAAAGUAGCCAUGGAAUCAAAUGUAAAAACAAAGACAGAGAACCUGGGUAAGGAAGGAUUUUACAUUUAUAGUAUCCAGCAGUAUUUACAGUGUAUACAUAUAUACACACACACACACACCCAGCAGUAUUUACAGUGUAUAAAUAUAUACACACACCCCCAGCAGUAUUUACAGUGUAUACACACACACCCCCACACCCCCAGCAGUAUUUACAGUGUAUAAAUAUAUACACACACACACACACACACCCAGCAGUAUUUACAGUGUAUACAUACAUAUAUAUAUAUAUACACACACACACCCAGCAGUAUUUACAGUGUAUACAUACAUACACACCACCAGCAGUAUUUACAGUGUAUAUACACACACACCCCCAGCAGUAUUUACAGUGUAUACAUACCUAUAGUAUUUACAGUGUAUAAAUAUAUACACACACACACACCCCCAGCAGUAUUUACAGUGUAUAAAUAUAUACACACACACACACACACACCCAGCAGUAUUUACAGUGUAUACACACACACACACCCAGCAGUAUUUACAGUGUAUACAUACAUACACACCACCAGCAGUAUUUACAGUGUAUACAUACAUAUAUAUAUAGAUAUAUAUAUAUACACACACACACCCAGCAGUAUUUACAGUGUAUACAUACACACACCCAGCAGUAUUUACAGUGUAUAUAUAUAUAUAUAUAUAUAUACACACACACACCCAGCAGUAUUUACAGUGUAUACAUACACACACACACACACCCAGCAGUAUUUACAGUGUAUACAUACAUACACACCAACAGCAGUAUUUACAGUGUAUACAUACAUAUAUAUAUACACACACACACCCAGCAGUAUUUACAGUGUAUACAUACACCCCCCCCCACACACCCCCAGCAGUAUUUACAGUGUAUACAUACAUACAUAUACACACACACACCAGUAUUUACAGUGUAUACAUACAUAUACACACACACACACACCCAGUGGUAUUUACAAUGUAAACAGUUUACUGAUACAUACAUAUAUACCCCUCCCCCCAGCAGUAUUUAAGUGUACAGGUUACAUAUAUAUAUAUAUAUAUAUAUAUAUAUAUAUAUAUAUAUAUAUAUAUAUACACACACACACACACGCCUCCCCCCCCCAGCAGUAUUCACAGUGUAUACAGGUUACUGUGUAUUGUCCAGUCUGUGCUUUAUACAUUAUAUCCAAUAUAAUAAAACCACUCAGAUUAAUAUAUAUUACACUCAGCGGGCCUCACAGCCUCCCUGGAGUAGGUCAGAUAAACUCCUAUAGAAGCAGAGCUGUCUGUAGCUGGAAUCUGUAUAGAGAAUGUAUCUGAUCUUCUGUUAUCAUCAUGCAACCAGUAAAGGAGGUGAUAACAAUGACAUCAUCUUCUCUCUAUUCGUCACACAGGCUCUGUUUCUAUAUACAGGACUAGAGGUGCAUGUUAUGAUCAUUAUAUUAUGUGAAUGCUCUUUGUAACGCAAUAUUUAAAGGACAACUGUCAAAACUAUAUUUAAUAUAAUAAUCAUCAGGUUUUGAAAGGCGCUAUAUAUUAUUAAAUAAAGUAUAACCCAAAAAAGAUUCUCCUUACUAGCUUUACUAGAGACGGUCGGUUUUUAAACACUGUCUGAAUCAUUUGAUGAAAGGAUUAUUAUAGUAAAAAAUAAUUGUCCUUUAAGUAUAUUUACACAGGAUGUAUCAGUGUUAACAAAGAACCAUGUAGAGGGCUUUUGACUUGGGUCUGAAUUAUUGGAAAAGCUUUAAAUCAUCCAUUAGAUAUAUGCUUAGAGCGUACUAAUCCAUCUACAGCUUUAUAUGAAAUGCUUAUUACUCGCUGUUUAUAUACCUUUUAGAUAAACAUUUCUUAACACUCUUCUUUCUAUUUAAUCAGUCAGGCCACCCAAGAGAGAACACUGUCCGACUCCCUUGAUGGCCCAACCAUCCAAGCGUCCUUAUCUGUCCACUACAUCUCUGAACACCCACCCUAUGUCCUACCAGGGAGCUUUUCCCUUCUUUAGACUGCCUUCUGAGGUGGGUCGUUUCUCACUGGAUAGUCACCGUUGCUACCAUGGAGAUUCAAGAAAAUUGCGAUACUACCGUCCCCCAUCUAGUGUACAAAAAGGGGCCUCACCUGGAUGGGAUCUUAUGGAUGGAUAUGAAAAUCGCUAUGUGCGAAGGGAUGAAAAUGAAAAGGAAGGCUUGCUCCACAUUCUGACCUGGGUUAAAGAAAACAAAGGACUUCUGGGAGGAAGCGGGAGCAGGUGUUAAAAGGGUUAAAUAAGGGUGGGUGGGGGGUUCUCAUUUUAUUUGGGGAAUGGUAGCAGAAAGGCAAAUAAAUUACAUCAAUUCUGAAUUACAUAAUCUCCUACUUAAAUAUCAGAAUAUCCACUGGACAAUGCAAAUAAAAUCUGACAUCAACAUGCACAACCUGUACUCGAGUAAAGUUGGUCAUUGUUAAAUAAUGGUUUUAUAAAUAAAAACCCUUUACUGUAAGCAAGACUAGUUAGUCUAGAGAACUAUGGUCACUUAAGCAUUUGUGCUGCCAUUGAAUUAUCAGACACAAUCUUCAACUGAGAAAAUUAAUUUAAAUUUCUUUGCAGAUCAGAAUUUGGUUCAAUCCAUAGAUGAGAUGCACAGAUCUAUAAGGUGUUCUCAAAGAUUUAACACCAUAACCCUAAACACAUACGGCAUACUGAAAUUAUUCUGACUAUUUAAUAUUUUGAGGAAAUUUUUAAAUUAUUUCAUAUUUUCAUAUCAUCUAUACAAUUUUAAAAAAAACAAACAGAAUAUUAAAUAUCAUUCAGAAUAUUAAUUCAUUUUAAAAAUUGAUCCAAAAUAUUAAACCAAGGCCUUCAUUGAACAUGGUACUCAUUGUAACCAGGUGUGUCGUACUAUAAUAUUUACUGGUGCUUUAUCCACUAAAUCAAUAAGUCUAUACCAGUAAUGGCUAACCUUGACACCUCUAAAAGCUAUCUGAGCAUCAUGGGAAAUGUAGUCCAGAAACAAUUUAUGGUGUCAAGAUUAGACUCACUGGUCUAUACAAAUGGUUGUUUCAGUUCGCACUUGUCCACUAUACUGGUCCUGUCUGAAAGCACAAUGCCAGAAAUAUGCUUUUGUUUCCAAGACAGGAGUAACAUUUUUUUUUUUUUUUUUUUUACUUGAGAAAAUAUUUAGCCUUUCUUCCCAAUCUGUGAAAGUCAGGAGCUGUUGAGGAUUAUUAAAGAAAGGCUUAAGAUAUAGUUAGGAUGAAGAGGACAGUAGCAGAUGGGCUAGGUGGAGGAACCAUAGCUAAAUCAGGAUGAGCUUAAUGACCAUGGCAACUGCAGGGAUGACUAAUGAAUUGGAAAACACUGGAACGUUGUAAUGGAUAGUUCUGCAACUGUAGAGAUGGGAGAGAACAGAACUUGCAUAUCUCUUCUCUAAUGCAAUAUCUUAAUCAUUCUGCAGGCAGUUAGACCGCGACUUUGUUACCUGGAGGGGUCAUCUCACCAAAGUUCUUUGUACACCAUAUGAGAGCCAAGAGGGGUGGCUCCUAGCAGUUUCUCUGUUCAAGGGAACUCUGUAUAUAAGUGAGCGAGAAACAGAGGUUGCCCGGAAGAAGAGGGAAGAGCGGACUACAAUACAGGAAAAGCUGAUGUACUCUGGAUACAAGUUUGAAAGCCACCUGUGUGCUGGUUUGUUGUUACCUGUAUAUAUUCAACCAGCCACUUCUGAGAAUUUUAUACUGUAUAAAUGUUAUUUUAUUCCCAUCCACCCACAUCCUUGCUUUUCUCCAUAUUUCAUUUAUUUAAAUUAUUUCCAGGUUAUCUUUUAUCAAAUAGUAUUUUCUGUUUGUGGUUUCUAAAUGAUGCGCUCUCACUUCUCAGAUUCACCUGAUGGUCAGCCCUCUCCCUCUGCAGUAGUUAAUACUAACGAGGCCUUCUGCAGUGUCCUGUUUGCACGCCUGUCCACGCACUCCUUUCUGAUAUCAGGAGAGGUGGACUGCUGUGACCCAUUAGCCACCAAUUCUAACCCACCAUCCUGCUACGUGGAGCUGAAAAGCAGCGCCCAGAUCCGGAACCCACACCAACAGCGUAGUUUCAACAGGUACAGAGGAUGGAGUAACCGUUUGUGGUCAAACUGCUGCCUGCCACAAUAUCAUAUAUAUAACAUACAUAGUAUUGAGAAAUUGUUGGGUUUUGAUACAAUCCAUUUUCAGCAACGUUUUCGUUUUGUUUUUUCAUAAUUGCUGAAUUGGGGAGGGGGUGGGGGGAGAAAACGCUAGAUUUCUGUUUUACUAUUUUGGCUUACAAAUGUAAAUUAUAUUUUAAUUUCCAACACUUCACACUUUAUUGAAUAACUUUAACACUUCCGAUGUGAGUUGGACACCCUCCUGCCAUACUGUGCAUAACAAAGUUCCAUAGAACACAGCAGUAUGUUUCACUGUGUCGUUGCAUAGUUACCAUUUUCAUCUUCACCUUCCUUUUGUACAAUAAAAAUGUGAAUUUAUGUAUAAAAUGGGGAGAAGAAAAAAAAAAUCUUGCUCAUCUUUUCCCAAUCAGGUAUAAACUUCUAAAAUGGUGGUGCCAGUCAUUUCUUCUCGGAAUCCCACUCAUUGUUGCUGGUUUCCGCAACCCGGAAGGAAAGGUUGUAUCUCUGCAGGACUAUCGAACGUCAGACAUCCCACAUCUAAUUCGGGUAAUACACAGAGGAGUAUGGAGCCGAAAUGAAGACUUAUAUCUCACUUUAAGAUGGUAGCUAUUGUAUUUAUGCUUUAUUUUGUAUCCAGACAGAUCAGCAUAGCUGGGACCCAGCCGUCUGUAUGAAUUUCUGUGAUGCGUUCCUGUCUUUUGUCAAAAAUGUGGUAACAAGGGAUGACCCUGGGUAAGGACCUCGCAUUCAAUAUUUUUAUCUCUUCAUCUCACUAACAUCCUAAGAAAUGACUAAACUGAUUGGGAAACCAUGUUAAGUCACUCUGUAUUUAUCUUUCCUCUUCAGAGUCGUUUACCUUUUCUCCUGGGAGCCAGGCUCUGAUGUCACUUUCUCAGUUCACACCGACCCAACAUACCACAUUCUCCCAGCCUGGUAUGUAGAGGCCAUGAGUCUUGGAGCAGCAGUGGACUGAGUUAAAAACACUUCACCACAUGAAGAAAUCACAGGUGUCUACCAGAACCAUGGCUUUGCAGUAGAAGUUCAAAUUAUUGUAAAUGUGUCUAAAAGAAGAGGAUUUCUUUGCACAGAGAAUUAAUCUUUACAAUUUCCAGAAGCAGUGGAUAUCCAUGAAUUGUAAUGCCUACUGACUGUAGAUGAUAGUGUUAUGGGAUCAGUAAUCUCAUAGAUUGAAGGCAAUGUCAAUUAACUUAUACUAAAGCAUCAUAAAGUUAGAGGCAGACGGGCCUUAGACGUUCCUCCCUUUGGUUCUAUUUUAAUACAUAAUUUAGUAGGAUUCAGUCCCCCACCCAAUGUGUGAGUAUGCAUUUGAAUGAUAAAUUAUGAACUACCUAGGGUUAGGAAAUAUACCCCUCCUUCACUGAAAACCCUGUAAUCUUCUACCAUCCAUUUGUCCAAUAACUAGUUACCAAGAUCAUUGUUGCCCAAAAACUGGCACAGCAUCCUGGCCAAGGAAACUGUGCCAACAUUAGUUCUCAAUUAAUAAAAUACAUUUCCCACUAAACUGGAUUAUGUGUAUUGAACAUACUGCAUGAUUAUUUUCCUGUGCGUGAGAAAACAGCAAAUGGGUAAAAGAGAAAUGAGAAUUGUGUAGUGUUUAAUUUUUUUCUCUUUUUUGGUGUGACAAUUUCAAGUUAGAAGUCACAAAAUACAGGAAGGUGACAGCACUGGUCAUGUGCAGGGCAGGGUUGUCACUAAAAACAAACAAACUGGUCCUCCCUUAAUGGAGUUAAAAUAAAAACAAACAAACUAUAACCAACUGUAACACUAUACAAGGAACCCACAGAAUUUGCUUCCUUAUUAACAUCCUUUGACAUAGGUUUGUAGCAGCACCCACCACCCUUACUCCAAAUGUCCAAUUGAGAGACAGUCUGUGGGUCCUCACCAGGAUAAGGGAUUAACAAUCUGCUUUUAGUACAGUACACGGAAGUGGUCUGGAUACAGUUUUAAAGCACCAAACUCUUCAUCUUAACAGGUUAAGUUGGUGAUUCCUUCGGCCCUCCCGAAAUCAGGUGUAGGGAGGAGCUUUAGGUGCAGGUGGUAUACAGCAGACUGAAGGACGUUGAGCAGUUGUCCAAGUUCACCGCGUCUGUUCAACUAGAAGUGAGAAGGAGACAUGAAGACGUUAGAUGGAAAUAACUUAAGGACUGGACAAAGUGACUGGUGCAGGAAAGCAGACUUACUGUAUGAAGAGAUAUCGAUUUCAUCAGGCAAUUCACUGAUGUUGACUUCAAACCGAUCUUGAACUUCAUUGAGGAUUUUGGCAUCUCCCUCAUCGGAGACGAAUGUGAUGGCCAAACCCUUUGUGCCAAAUCGGCCAGCACGGGCCACCUGUUGGAAACAGUAAGAAAUUAAUGGAAGUAUAAGAAAGUGCACAGUGACAGAGAAUGACAUACUGUAGGCUAUAUUAAGCAUACUCUGUGCAGGUAAGUGUCCGAAUCUUCUGGCAUAUCAUAGUUGAAUGCAAUGUUCACUCUUUCAAUGUCCAUCCCACGCCCAAAGAGGUUGGUAGCUACCAGGAUCCUACGCUGAAAAUCCUUGAAUUGCUGAUAACGGGAGAGCCUGCAAGCAGAGGAUAUAGGAAUUAUUUAUCACAAAACAAUCUUUUUAGAUCACCAACCAAAAAAAAACAAAAAAACACUUGCCUUUCCUCCUGUGACAUUCCACGGUGAAUGGCUAUUGCUGGAAAGUUUUGUUCAACUAAAAGCUGUGCUAGCGCGAUGCAUCGCUGGACAGACUUCACAAAGAUCACCACCUGUAUAAAGAGAAUAGAUGAUCCAGUACCCAGAGAAAUUAAGGAAACACAAACACAAAUAGGUCAGCAAAACACUAACACUGUCCUCAGGCAUAAUAAAGCCAGACUGAUCACGUGAGGGACCUGUGAAUAGCCAUCAUUCUACUCUAGAUAUCAGAGUGCAACCUUCUUUAGUUUUCAGUGCAUCUACGGAACAAAUUCAACAGUAACUCCAAAUGUUUGGUGAGAGCUCCCUACUGAAACUGCAGAUGCUGUUGCUAUUUUAUAAUCCUAUAUAUAAAAUGCAUAGUACAUACAAUUAAAAGGAAAAAAGGGGAACCGUUAACAGAACAAUGCAGUGUCUGUCAUUUCCAGUGACAUUUAUAUCCUAAAAAGCAGUAAAUCCAAGCUACAAUUAAAAAAACAUGGUUUUCUAGGAUACUGAAAUCUAUAUAUGCAGAUAAUUUCCAAUACUGUCUGAUAAUCGAAAGGUUUCAAUAUAAAGCCUCUUCGAAUUUUGGCAUGGUACGAUCCAUCAUUCAAGACUCCUGGUUACAUAAUUACAAUCACAUUUUUAUUAACAGAAGAGAUGAAAUGCUGUAGUAAAAGAUUUGACCUUCAAUGAGGUAAUAAAUACAGAAAGCAUUCAAUCUCAAACGGAUUGCAAUAUAUGUAGAUAUUUGUACUUAAAGGACCACUAUCGGCACCCACACCACUUCCCAUCUCACUGAAGUGGUCUGUGUGCAGUGGUCCAGUCAUUCUAAUCUACAAUGUAAAACACUGCAGAUUUAUAGAAACUACAAUGUUUACAUUGCAGGGUUUAACACACCUCUAAUGUCUGUCUUCAGAUGCACAGACAAAGUAAAACUCAGUCACGUGUCUAUGCAGCUCAUAGCGAUGCUUUCCUAUGAGAAGCAAGACCUAGCCACACAUGCCAUCAGUUUCCCAGUGCUCCUCUAUGAGAAGCAUUGGAUUGGACCAACGAUGGAGGAAGCGAUAUAUCCACGACACUUCAGGAGGCACCGAGAGUCUCAGCUCUCAUAAUGUGACUGCAAACACAGGAAGAAGUUGAACUUUAACAACAUGAAAAAGAACAUUUUUAGUGCUAUAUAAAUUAAAUGACCCUUAAAAGGACACUACCAGUACAAAAUGUGUUAUGCAUGUGCAAUUCUAAAUCUAUUCCCCCGACCCCUUUUUUUCUUCUUUUCUUUAAAGAGCUUGUGUAUUUUAGGUUAAAAGAACUCUCCAAACAUGUAAGGCACUUCAGCUUUCUGAACCUGUCUUUGAAAGCCUUCUCAAUAAGCUGUCAUAUAGCUCACUGAGCAAUCUGUAGAUGCAGGUGGUCCGCAAGACAUCUCAAUGAAAAUACACUGAUACGGCAUUUCUCACUUUCUCACCUGAGCGAAGGUAGAAGUGAAAGGAGUGUAGGAGCUGCACAAACUAGAUUUACCCUUAUUAAAAGCUAAUGUUACAUAUAUCUACAAAGAAAACACGCAAACCCUGGUUUCCUGGUUUCUAGCACAGGAAACCUGUGCUAGAGCAUCGCUGGACGUCCUCACGCUAUGCGAGGACCUCCAGCGUCGCUCAUUUCCCCAUAGGAAAGCAUUUUCAAUGCUUUCCAAGGGGAGCUCUAAUGCGCAUGCGCAUUAGGUCUCCCAAACCGGUGGGCGGGAUCAGUCUCGCCCACCGGCCGACGCAAUCACAGGGGGAGCGGUGCGGAGGAAGAAGCAGCAAUGAGGGACAUCGUCGCCGCCUCUUAAGUUACUGAAGGGGUUUUUACCCCUUCAGCAACCGAGGAUUGGAGGGGGUGGGAGGGAGAGUGGACCUGCAGUGCCAUAAAAACUGUUUUCCUGGCACCGGAGUUUUACUUUAACCAGUGGUGAGUACCAACUUGAAAAAUGCAUUUCACUUACAGCUUUUAUACAGCAAUAGCACAUCAAAAUAAUAUUUUCACACAACAAAACAUGUAACAUUAAAAAAAAGAAAAAGUGACACUGAGUUUAAUACCUUUUAAAAAUAAAGAAAGCUUUUUCUAUUAACCCCUUAAAGGACACCCAGACCACUUCAGCUUAAUGAGGUGGCCUGGGUGCCUGGUCCAGCUAGAGUUAACCCCCUUUUUUUUUUUUUUUUUUUAAUAAACACAGCAGUUUCAGAGAAACUGCUUUGUUUAUAUAUGGGUUAAUCCAGCCUCUAGCAGCUGUCUCAUUGACAGCCGCUAGAGGCGCUUGCGUGCUUCUCACUGUGAAAAUCACAGUGAGAAGACGCCAGCGACCAUAUGAAAGCAUUGUAAAUGCGCUCCUGCGCAUUCAGCCGAUGACGUCGAUAUGAAGGAGGAGGAGAGCUCCCCACCCGGCACUGGAGAAAGGUAAGAUUUUAACUCCUUCCUCAACCCAGAGCCCGGCGGGAGCGGGACACAGAGUGGGGGCACCCUCAGGGCACUAUAGUGCCAGGAAAACAAGUAUGUUAAGGGGUUAAGGACCAAACUACUGGAAUAAAAGGGAAUCAUGACAUGUCACGUGUCCUUAAGAGGUUAAACGUCAUUAGUGUACAAAAUACACAAAAUCUUUAUAGCACCAGUAAGUCAGCUGACCAGGGGCUGCACAGCAAGGGCACUAUAGACCUUAAAAUUAACAGGCAAACAGGAUACAAUACUAUGUUUGCACUAAUUUACCCUAAAGCAGCACUGUACAUCUUUAUGAAAUACUCAUUUUGACUGUGUACGUAUUUCAUUGAUUUUCCAAUGCAUCAAGAGACAUACGGAGAUGUAGCUGUAUGGAAGUGUCAAUCACGCUAGCCAUCACCACUGAGUGUCUCAAAUGGCUCUGGCUAUGGAGGGUCUCGCGGGAUCCUCCAUAGACCUCAAUGCUCCAUGCGCAGGAGUACAGCAAUUACAUCAAAGAGGACCUGCCGGAAGAGGAUUGCCACACCCAAGAGGGACAAGAUCAAGUAGAACUUAUUUUUAUCUGCCCACCGGAUCCCUUCCACAGCGAUGUCACCGUUGGGGGUCUUUGUGAAUUACAUUACAUGGUAGGUUAAAAGAGGUCAUAAUUAAGAUCUAUUAAAAAUGCUGUUGUGUAUCCCAGUCACUAGAUCCACCAUGUUUUCCCAGAUGUUUCCCGAAUCACGGCCACUUGGGCAACUCUCAAAACACUCAGAAACUGAUUGGCAAAGAACUGGUGGAAGCCGCCCACAGCCUAAUAGUACCAUAAAAAUUACAACAGGCUGCAAUAGUUAUAGCACUUAGAUUAUCCCUUUAAUACUGAUGGGCAGCACACAAAAAUUCCGGUCUGCAGUAUUGUAUAAAUCAGAUGCCAUAAAAGGAAAAUAAAUUAACUAUCACGGGUUCAAACAGACAUUUAUUCACUAACAAACAGACUACACAGGUGCACAUCACGUGAAUUCUAGAUAGAAACAUGGUGGACCUCUAAUUGUUUACUGCUGGUGUUUGUAAAAUAAUUUAAAAUGGCACUGUUAAUUUUACUUUUUUCUUUCAGAUCAAUUGGGAUUCAUUAGACUUACAUAUGUUGGGGAAAGUAAGAUUGCUUUAACCCCUUAAGGACCAAAAUUCUGGAAUAAAAGGGAAUCAUGUCACGUCACUCGUGUCAUGAGUCCCUUUUAUUCCAGAAGUUUGAUCCUCAAGGGGUUUACAAAGUAUGUAGAGCUAAAGUGAAUUGCAAAGGUUAAAAAAAAAUAAAAAAAAACUGGUCAAAGACGGACAAAAAUUUUUAAAAUAAAAUAACCUGCAAAGUUACAUUGCUGAUUUAAUUUGUAUAAUGGAUGUUGCUCUUUAGUCCUUAUUUAAAACCAAAGUACCUUUUGACACAUGUUUAAGUUUCACACAGCCGUCUGUAUUAUACAUACAAUUCUGUUUAAUGCUACAUUGAACUUCCUAUAGAGAAAUCUAAAAUAUAAAUUCAGUGAUUGUCACCUGGUUAAACUCCAGAAGAUCCAAAAGGUCGAAAAGUUUGCGAUUUUUCUCGUUGUCCUUGAGUUUGACAUAAUAUUGCUGCAGUCCGUGAAGGGUCAGCUUGGUCUCAUCAUCAACGAAGAUCUCCAUCGGCUGGAGGGGGUGGGUGGGAAAUUAAGGAUUAAACAGUAAGGGGAGGGGGUGGCUUGUGAAAUCCUAUCGAAGUGGCUGAUUGGAAGGCUAGAUAGGUGUCUCUCUGGUCCUGACAAGGCUGGCAAACCCCAUCAGGACAAGGAAGCAUCUCACACAGUGGAUUACUGAAAGUUAAAAUGCAACCUGGCACAUAAAACAGAUGUUGAUAAAUAUGAAAUCCAUGGCAGUUUGUGUGUGACAUUUUUUUUUUAUGAAAGAGAAGUCAUAAUUGUCUAGGUGAGCAAGAACAAGGGCAACCAACCAUCAAUUGGAUCCAAAUGUAACACCGGAAACGACCAUAAUGUUGCCUAGAUACGUAUGACCUCUGGUAACACCCAUUUGUUAUAUAAGCAUUUUGGUUGAUAACAAAUGUCUUUAUUAAAUCGGGCAAGCAAAUUUAUAUGCAAAAUAAAAAGACAGCAGCAGCAAAGGAAAAUGACCCUCAUGUCAUUUAGAAACACAAAACCCGAUAAGCCAGAAUACUUUUAUAUUGCCAUAGGUAGACUGUACCAAAACAGGUUAAUAAGCACUAGAUAAAUGUCACCGAAUUAAAAGAAUUAGUUUCUGAAAAUCCUAAAGCUGUUAGCCUAUCAUGCUCAUCAUCUUAAAACAUCCCAUACCAGGAAGCAGAUUACCCACAAUGCAGGGCUUGACAAAUUUGCUUGAAAUCUAGUAAACUAAAAAAGUUAGGAGGCAGAUUUUUUUUUAACAUGAAAAAUACAAUUCUUAAAAGGACACUAGACACCAGAACCACUACGGCGUAAUUUAGUUGUUCUGGUGUCUAUAGCCUGUUCCUGCACUCUUUUCAAUGCAAGCCCUACCUUUUCAGAGACAAGGCAGUGUUUACAUUGCUGUCUAGAAACAUUUCUAGCCACUAGAGAAUUGUCUUGGGUGUUCCCCAUAGAGAUGCAUUGAUUCCACACAUGUGCAAUAGCCUCCCAAUGCUCUCCCUAUGGGAAAAUACUGGAUUGGAUGAGAUCAUCAAGGUUGAUGAUCUCAGCCAUGGAGCUGGGGCCAGCUGUGGCAAGACCAGCACCGUGUGGGUGAAAAAAGGUGAGUAAAAACACUUUUCCCAUGUCAUUGGAGGGAGGGGGGGCAGCCGACCCCUAAACAGACAAACACACACUCACUGAUUUGACACACUGACAGACACACACACACAUUUAAUUUGUAUUUUAAUGUGACCACCCAGCCUCCCUACCUUUGGGAGAGCUGGAGUGGUUCAGCUUUCCCAUGGGUUCAGUGGGGCUGUUGUCAUCUCCCUGCUCUACUCCAUAGAGCGCUGUUUAGUGAUGCCGGGGCCGUAAUAAUAUAAUUUUCAGUCUCCCACCAUCACUGGAGGGCGCUCGAUAGAACAUAGCAAAGAGAUGACAGCUCCCUCGCCGCCCAUCCAUCUCAGCCCUCCAUGAGCCACAAGCAUGCAUGCCCGCCCAUGCUGUUCCUUUGCAAAACGGCCACCAGUAUCUGCUCUGUCAGCCGGCCGUCUGCACGCCAGCCAUGCCGGGAGCUAAACGACCCGACAAAUCCCAGACGCCAGGACAAAAAUCAUAGUCGCCAAGGCAACCUGGGAUUUGUCGAGCCAUGGUCGAAUGCAUUUACAAAAUAAGGAAGACCUGGCUGUGCAAACGCAGACAACAAUGGCAUUUGAAGGCAGAUAAUUUCAGGUUACCCUGGUCCCUGCACUGGUUUUAUUUCACCCAUAUACAACACAUUCUGAGCUCGCUCUCUGUAAAAUGUCGACUGCCUUGGCAUGUUUCUUUUACUUCAGCCAAUUUGAAAGAUUAUUAAAAUAAUUUUUAUUUAAAUGUAGAACAAGAAAAUCAUCCCUACAUCUUUGUUACAAUACCUGUCCUAGCUAGGUGUUAAUAAGCAGCUACUGAAAACAGCUUAUGAAACCAUAAAUUAGCAACAGCUGCAAAGCCUCAGCUAAAAUAUACUAGACCCAUAAAGCUGAAUAUUCAGGUAGAUCACAAACCACAAACCACUGGGGACUGUCAAUCCCAGGCCACAUUAUAGGAAAGAAUGCAAAAAAAAAAAAAAUGGACAGUCUACAAUAUGCUAUACAUUUUGCCUCUUCAUUCAAUGUACCAUCAAAAAAAAAAAACAAAAACAGAACAUAACUGCAUCAAUAUCACUUUUAUAAUAAACAGUAACUUCUGUUUCCUCAAAAAGAGUCUGAAGUCAGCAUUAAAAUCAAUCAAAAAAACAAAAACGCUACUCCCAGUAUCACCAUAUCACCAACAGGGAGGUAGGUGCGUCUUAUCCUUCACCAGACAGAACAGAAAUGACUCAAUUUAACAACCUGCAUGCAGUGCGCCUAAUUUCAAAAUAUAUUCACAGAAAAGUGUUCACACAAUCUGCCAGGAUUCCUUAUUAUCUUUAGAUGUAUGUUAAAUAGCCACUGUCCAAGUGCCUGCCCUCAAGAUGACACCCAGUAUACAUAAAAAUUGGUAUUUUUUUUUAUAUAUGGUUCCCACUUGUGCCAUCAGAGAAUUACAAACAACAGAAAAGGAUGUAACUUUAGAAUAAAGAGGAAGUGGGUCAUUCUUACAAUAACGAGUCUAUGGAAAAUGUUUUACAUGUGAUUAACCCUUUGAGCAGUAAGCAUGUGAAAUGUUAUUGCUCACAAGUUCAAUCAAGGGUUAAAAGGCCCCAGAAACAAACUGCAUAAUAGAAUGGGCAGAUGCACUACAGGUUUCAUAGGAAUAUUUCUGGUUUUCCAUUUAAAAUCCAUUAUCUGGCUGACAGAUAUUGUGAAAUCCUGACUGCCCUUUUUAGAACACAGUUUGAAACUGGCUCUCAAAAGCAUUUAACUGUAAAUAUUCGCCCCAUAUGAAGACCAGCGUUAAUAAAAUGGGGCUUCAACCAAGUGUGUGUGUGGGUAAACUGCACAAACAGUCCCCUGACAGACUGAUGACAAAAAUUUUAUUUUAUUCUUUUAAGUAAUUAUUGUUUGUAAAAUGAGAAACUGUAAUAUUCUCUGCCCUAAAUCACCAGUCUGACAGGGGCUUUUCUAAAAUACAUUCAUACAAGUCAGGCUCAAAUCUUGUUCUCCAAUUCGUUAUCGCUAAGAUGCCAUGACAGCUUCAACAGAUUUAACGAGGGCCACAUAUUUCAAAACAACCACUAAAUAACAGUUGAAAUGGAUAUGUGAUAAAAUCACAGCCUUUUUGUACAUAAAGGACCAAUUUUAGCUCAGAAAGGAAACUAAUUUUGCAUUAAAGUAGUUCUGAUAUUUUUUCCUUGAAGCUGUCUGGGUCCUUUGUUUGUGGUAUACAUUGUAUUUACACUACUCCCCUUACCAAUUAUCAAUCACCAUUCAAACACCAAUCAAAUCAAUCAGAAGAGAGGGACAGGAGUCUUUUACAAAGUGCCAGAAGAGAGUCCGGCUUACUGUGGUAAAUAAUGAUAGCCAAAGCAUUAACAAAUGAAUAGAAUAGCAGAUAUACUAAAAACAUUAUAGUUCCAGUGCCCGCUUACAUAGCAAUCAGUGUGCAUCUGCGCUGAGAUUACAGAGAAUAUCAGAGGGCCAUGUAAAAACUCCAGGCAGCCAGACACAGGGCAUGAAAUAAUAAUUACAUUUUAAUAUAUCUAAUAAACUACACAUCUGCUAGCUGAUUGGACAGCAUUGUGUGUAAAUACAAAUAUUAUCCUCAGAGAAACAGGACUCUCAGAUUGUGAGUGGCUGGUAACCACUGUGCAGCAUAUAGGUGUCAACUGAAAACCUGGUUAAAUAAAGAGAUUCUGGGUGGGAGACACUAACCGGUCCUAUUAUCAAUAAAGCUUGAACCAUUCUGAUUAUAGCCUGCAUGUAAUGGCCCUCUUUACAUCUGUAAAAUGUGUCCAAACAUUCAAUCAUGUCUGUAACUAAUGUGUAAACACAAUGUCUAAUCACUCUAAAAUAAACACAUUGCCACAAGCUCUGGCCAGCUCUAAUGGCAGUUUAUGGAAUUGUCAAAGUCCAGGGUAAAUGUGAGGUUAUAUAGACUGGCAGAACUGCGUUAUGCAUACACUAAGUGAGCCAUACAAUCAAUGCACACGUAAGGGUUCUACAGUAUGUGUGUGUUAUACACAGGACAGAGAAAAUGUAAGCAUUAAAAGGGACCCUAAGAUAACUGCAAUGCAUUUGAUACAUAUGCUGUUUUAAAUAAACAUUUGCAACUUUCUUUUCUAGGAAGAUCAGAAGCCAGCACAACAAGGAAAGGACACACAGACAGACAAGCAGUAAAUAUAUCUACAUGCCUAUCUGUCCCCUCUGUCUACCCUUCUAUGUAUGUGUCAUAAUCAUGAAUUGUCACCAAGCGGCGGUGUGUGGGGAUCUGUGCUCCCAAUGUCUUUGUGUGAGUGUGUGGGGGCAUCCUAUGCAUUAAGAAAAAGUUAAAUUUCAUCCUGUACGGUUCCUUUAAAUCAGGAGUAUGCAAUCUGCGGCACUCCAGAUGUUGCAGACUACAUAUCCCCUGGUGCUUUGCCAGCAUUAUGAAUGUAAGAGUCUCAUGGGAGUUGUAGCCUCCAACAUCUGGAGUGCAGAAGUUUGCCUGACAUUGCUCUAAGUGCUUAUUUGAUAAAACGGCACAGAAACAUUAACACUGCUCUGUCAUCAGGAAAAAAAUAAUAAUAAUUGAGCAUUUCAUAAAGAUAAAAUCUGUAUAAAAUGCACAUCAAGACUGUGUUUGAAUGUGUUCACAAUUCUAAGUUUUAUCAGACAGUUGUGGGAAUAAGGCAUUGUUUCGCUCAUCGAGGAUCAAUACUGACAGAUUAGAAUGUUUUUCCUAACAAAGCUCCCCCUUACCCAUCCCAAAAUUUUUUUGGGCAGAAUGCACAGUAGAAAUUGUAAACGUUGAACUGAGUUGCCGAUUCACAUUAGGGCCAUUUAUUUGUUUCAGUAAUAAUAGUCAGCAUUUGCAGUCAUAGAAGGUAAAGAUUCGGCCUCACAGUGUCUCUAAAACUGCCAGUCUUAUAAACUCUCUCACUGAUUCACAUUGUAUCAGCGACUCCUGUACAAUUCCAUAAAAUUAACCAAAUAAUCACCAACAUAAAUAUACAUCUUUUACAUCUAAACCGCAUAGAAUGCCUAGGCAAAUUAUGAAAGCAUCUAAACAUUUCACACUGUGCCUGGGUAUUGUAUAAUGCACACAACAUUAUAACGUUCGGUAAGCACUGAUACGCACUAUGAUCCAAACGCCACUGGUGUAACUUGGAAUGCAUACAAUAGGCUUGUAUUUUAUACAGUUGGCUAUGUCAACUGUAAAUAUACAUGGUAUAUUAAAUGCAUAUAUCUGAAUAUUUCCCGUGUUUUCUAAAGACAGACAUUGUGUUUACACAUACUGAUCCACACAAAUCCAAGUCGCAGAAUAAAAAAGGAGGAGGAAAGAAAAGCAGAAAGGAGAGAGAAAGGUUAGAGUGUGCGGUCAAGCAAUGAAAUAAAAGAAGGGCGAAUAUUGCCCAAGUAUAACAGAUGGGUAUUGCCAAGCCCAGGGUUAGAGGUGGGCUGGCAAACCACAUAAGUAGUUUUCCCUGGAUUUACUAAGCUCCACUUUAAAAACGUCACUCUCUGCCAUUCCCUGUGUUCCAAAACCCAUUAUGCCCAUUUCUUCACACCCAAGACCACCCCCUGCUCACGUCUGUGGUCAGUUAAUACUUCAGGUCACAGUCAUCUAUCUGUCCCUUCCAUGCUCUCAGAUGUGUGUGAUCUCAUUGCUAAUCUCACUAAUCCUUGCUUACUUUUACAACAGGUUUCUAAUUCCAUUACAUAGUUAUGCAUUAACUCCAAUAAAGUCUGGUCUAUGUAUCUGAUGAAAGGACUAUUUAAACCAUCACUCACAUAACUGCUACUAACUCUGACCCCAGCAGUAUAACCAUAGUUGUCCUCCUCCCUCUCCUUUAGAAUGUUUUCUUGUGUCUUACACAACACCUCAUUUUCUGGGUUAGGUAACUGGAUUUCUGAAUUUUAACUCUUACAACUAAUCAAACUUUAUUUGUUCAAUAAAACUGCUAAAGGCUUUCUGUGCCUGACCGUUGAGAGUUUGUAUAUCUACACGUCCGUCUUUCUCCCUAGCUUGUCUCUGGUCCUCUCUGCACCCUUCUAUAAAUCUGUAAACACACCUAUGACAGGUCCCUGGAACUUGUAUAUUAAAUUGAAGGGACAAGUCGUGCAAAAAGGUGACCAUAAAAAAGCAUCACAGAUUAAAAGGUGUGUUUUAAAAAAAAAAAAAAAAAAAUUAUUCAAAGGGAAAUUCUUAAUUUGGCAGUGGCAGUUUGAAUGUCAUGUCACAAUAGAAAGUGACAUUAAAAAAAAAUAUUUAAAAUGUCAAAAGAUUGACUUGACUUUUGGGUGCUGAGAAAUACUUUUGAUAGAUCGGGAGGGACAAUAUAACUGUCACUUGUCUCAUUAACAAAAAAAGGUAUUUCAGAUUCAUGUGACAUGGGAGGGAUUAAUUUUAAGUGUCAAUAAAAGGUGACACAUUCAAGUGACAAGGAUGAUUUCUUUAGAUCGUGGAAAUGGUCUAAAGAUAGAGCAUAUGCUCUAGAAUGCAAAAAAAAUGUGACAAAAUAUGAGAAUAUUAGAUAAAAGGCUGGUACAGCUGCAGCGUUUAGUUGUGGGACAUCAUAGACAUUCUUAAAAGGGGUAUUUCUGAUUUUUGCUGCUGUCACACAAAAUAACAUUUGAUUAGACUGAUGUGGCAGCUGUUUCCACGUUUCUUGAACGGAUAUUUGCAAUUGUGUCACAUUUAAGGAAGAUCUGCUUUAAUUCGUGUGACAUUUUUGAUAGUGUCACAUCUAAGGGGAGAUUUGAAUGAGCUGGUGUGACACUUCGGUUUCUGUCACAAGAUUAAGGGACAUUUGACUAAGCUGGUGUGAUGGUUCGGAUUGUGUCACAUAAACUCAGUGAUAUUUGACAGCUGUUACACUGAGUGACCACAGGCAACUUGACUACUGUGACAUAUCUGAUUCGGUGGCACACAAGAGAGGACCUAGCUGGUGUGACACUGGUAGUGCUGCCACACAAGGAAGGGAACAAGUGUGACUUGUCUCACGGUGUCACAUAGUAAGUGGAAAGGUGGUGACGGUGCAACUGGUUUGGAGCUUCUUGUCACCAACAUCCCGUGAGUGGUGGCGUCAGCCAGGGGUUGCUGAAAGGGUGGUUUGGGAAGAGAAGGGAUUUGAAGAUUCGGUUAUUACAUCUUGCAUGAAUUUCCGGCAGACAGGGCGAAUCUCCUUGCUCAGAGUUGCACUGAACAUCAUGACCUGCUUCUCAUGUGGGGUCAUGCGGAAAAUUUCCUGAACGUCUCUUCGCAUGUCUAAA